AUGAUAAAUUUAUCUGACAGAGAGAAGGAGUUGAUUGAGGAAAUAUGUGCAAAAAAUGUGAAGCAAAAUAAGAAGAGUAAUCCACAACAGGGGAGUCAAAAAUUAGUCAGUCAAUCAAGUACCAAGAUUUUAGUGUCUAGAUUGGAACGUAAAUUGAAUGAAACAUUAAAAGAAGUCGAUGAAUAAAAUAGUGGUCAAAUUAAUUUCUAACAACUAGGACGAUUAUUUACAUUGUUAGAUAUAUUCCAAGCUAUCUCUUACAAUCAAGAUUAUCAGUUAGAGGCACAAGGUCUCAACAAUCCUAUGCAAAAACAAUAAGAAGUAGAUUUGCACGAGAAAGCAUUUGCAAUUAUUUCUAACGAUGGAGAGUAAGCUGACAUACAAGCAGCCUUUUGUCUAUUUAGAAUCAUCUUGGAUCCCAAUUAAUUGGAACCAUCUAAAUGCGCUAUUUUAAUCAAAGAGUAUUUAGAGAAGAUUUCUGACAAAGAAUUUGAUUAUGAAGCAAUCUUCAGAUUUUGCUCUGAAUUCUAAGCAUAUCAAAAGACUCGUUUAUCAGGAGCUAAAAUAGGCUACUUGAAAGCAUCUUUAGCCUCAAAUCUCAUUGAAACCUAUGAAAAGACUUUGACUUUCAAACCAGCUAUCAAUCCUAUUAGUGAAGCUUUGCAAUAAUAAUCAGGCAAGAAGGAAAACCAAGAAUCAUUAUCCCAAUUUUCAUCAGGACUUGCUGAAAGUCGAGUCAAUGAACUAUAUAAAAAGAAGGAAUUAUCCAAUCAGAAGAUCGAAUUUCUAAAAUAGGAAAAGCUUAUGAAGGAUAUGCAAGAGUGCACAUUUAAACCAUAAAUUAUUUCAAAGAAAGAGUUACCUAAUGUGAUCGAAAGGUUGUAUUAAGUGAAGAAUAGAUAGGAAAUAGAAGAGAGAGCUAAAUUGGCUGAACAAGAGAAGGAGGACUCAGAAUAUAGUAAAUGUUCUUUCCAUCCUCAAAUUAAUUACUCUAUGCCUGAAUCACAAUAGAAUGGAGUAGGUGGCUAUUGGGAAGCUAUAGAGAGAAUUAGAAGGGCUACUGACAGAAGACAUUUGAAAGAUCUGAAAUUGAGUCAUAAACCCAGUGGAGAGAAUUACGAGAAAGUAAAGAACCAACCAUUUUCACCUCCAGAAAUGCUUUAGAGAAGUUAAUUCAAGAAAGAAUUGCCUAUCCUUUAUAUUGAUAUUAAAUUGGGUCCUAGAAAGGUGGGUAGGUUAGCAUUGAGAAAGAACGAUGACGUUGAAGAAGUAGUUUAAUCAUUCUGUAAGGUUUGGGGAGUUGGGCCAUAAGAUUAUGAAUUAUUAGUCAAUCAAGUUAAAGAAAACCUUCAGAAUGUCAUUCAAGAAACAGAUGAGUCAUAAAUUUGA